GCUUUCGUGCUUCAGUUGGAGUCGGCCCAGAUGCAUUUCGUACUGCGGAAUCUCCAGCCGCGCCAGAUUGCGGUGGCCACCGGGGUUCAAGCAGCGAUGCAGCGGGCUAUGUGGGAGAUGGCCGACAGGGCGCUGGCCGCGUACCCAGCCGUGUCCUGCACGGUGCCGCCCCGCGUGCUC